AAUAUAGCGUCACGAGGACAAAUACUCGAUGCAUUUUUCGAUAUUUAGGAUUAAAGUUUCAUUAUUCGAAUAAAUAAAGUUUUGUAUUUAUUAUUUCCGAGUGCGUAUAAACUCGUGUGCUGUUAGCUAACGUUCGUUUCCCCUUCAAGGUGAAUUUUUUUUUUUCGUUUAAUCUUCCUCACGAUAAUUAGAAUUUAUGUUUAAAGACGCAUAUCGAAUUUUGAAUACAUUUUUUACUUAUUAAAACUUUGUUACAUAAAAAAAUACACGAAACAAGAAUAGAAGAAGUCGAUUAAUCUUCAAAAAUCCAUUUAGGAUUGAAACAUUUUUUCUUCUCACGGAACCCUAUCAAAAACGUAUACAAAGUUUUUCUUUAAAGUGAAAACCCGAUUUUUUAAAAAUGAAAGAAAACUCUUGUAAUAAGAAAUUCUUAUUACACUCAUAACCAGGUUAUAUAUAUUAUAUAUAUAUAUAUGUAUUAUCUGAACGAUAUGGAUAGUUAUUAUAUAACAAAUGAAACAUCACUUUUAACAAUUUACAUUGUUGCAAACAUUUCACUAGGCCUUUACAUGGAGCUGAUAUUUUUUUUAUUUUGUUUUAACACCGUUUGCUUGCUUGAGAUAAUUUUACUAGAUUUCUUUAAGCAAAGUGGAACUGACAUUCGAUUCAAGUUCAAGGCGUUCUGCAUACAUUUGAUAAUCUUAAUCGGUCUAAUGAUCUUCCAAAAUGGAUAUUUAAUAAAUGACACAGGACAAAUCGUUAAUGUUUUCAUAUGUAUGUUGGUUUCGAAGAUACUGUCGAUAAUCAUCUCCAUUAUUAAUUCAAGAAAUCGACACAAUGAAAAUUCUAUUAAUACCAUACGAGAAAGUAAGGGUCUCAUUGAGAAAAUUGAGAAUUUCGAGGACAAUCACAAGAUAACAAUAGCUAUUCAUAAGCUAUUAAUUCUGAUUCCAUCGUCGAUGUACGUACCACCGGACCUAAGGGAAGCUUCCUACCAAUGGAUGGAAAGCACGAUGAACUUGGAGGAAGAGAAACGCCAUCGAGCUGGAACCAAAGAGCGAGUGUAUCGUAACACUGUAUAUAAAAUUAAUCCUCGUAGAGGAAAGUUGUACUCCAAACCUGUUUACGUGGUGGCAGAAGGUGCCACGCCUUUGUUAACUUUCUUCGAAGUUCAGAAGCAUUCCCAUCCGGAGACGGAUGUCUACAAGAAGUACAGCAAGGAUAUCACUACAAACUUUUAUAACAAAUUGAAAGAGUUGAUUAAUGAUGAUUUGGAGUGUAGAAAUCUGUGCGAGUUGAUAUAUUACGAUGACUAUGAUGGUAAUGGUGUUCUAACUAAUGUCGCAGCUGUUAUUCUACAGAGAUUGUCUGAUCUAUGCGUGUUGGAAGUUACUUAAAAUUGUGGUUGCGCUUAGAAUUUACUUGCUUCUUUUAUGCUUUUGCAUUUUUAAUAUCUUUUAUAAGUUACGUGUUCUUUAACAUGUAUUUCAAAGAUCAAAGGACAAAUGUUACAAGACAACUGGAUAUUUUCUGAGCGUGACAAUGUACAAAAUAAUGCCUAUAAUAAUGUUAAAGAGAAAUAUUUUUGAUCUUUCUAUUGAGAAGUUUUACAUAUAUUGUAUUGCAUAAAUGCAUUAAAAUUUUUACAUUGUGAAUCUAUACAAGCUUUUGCGUGUAAUUAUAGUCUAGUGAAAUAAAUAAUAAAGUGUUGUAAAGUUCUAUCCCUAAUAAGACAGCAUUU